AUGACAGACGAACACAGAAUCGGGGCUGAAGAUCUGGACACCAAGAGAAAGUGUGGAGAUUUUUCCAGUUUAUACGGAAUGGAGGUAGCGAGUUCCACUACCCGUUCUUUAGGCGAUUCCACAGGUCAAGAAGGCGCCUUCAAGAAAAUCAAAUCCGAUGGAAACAGCUUAUCUUUAUCCUCGACAUCUUCUCUUGGAAGCAGCUCGUCUACCCCGACACCCUCGGGUCACAACCCCUCGGCUUCGUCAUGCCCCACCCCUGCACGUCGUCGUCACAGAACGACCUUUACGCAAGAACAGCUACGAGAACUAGAAACAGCGUUCUCUAAAAGCCAUUAUCCCGAUAUUUAUUGUCGAGAAGAACUGGCCAGAAUCACAAAACUAAACGAAGCAAGAAUACAGGUGUGGUUUCAGAAUCGUCGAGCUAAAUACAGAAAGCAGGAGAAACAAUUGGCUAAGUCGCUUUCCCCUGUCAUACCCACGUGUAACGGUAUGAUGAGAAAUAUCUACCCAACAAACACUCGACCAUACGGCUAUCCAACACCAUCUAAUAUGAACAUGAAUAUGAACUCGAUGUCGAUGUCCAGAUACCCACAGAUGAAUACGUCAUAUCCGCCAACUGUCGCUCAGUUCUCGGCAAUGUCCGGAAUUCAGCCAUCUUCCAAUAUGGCGUCUAUGUCGGUACCAAGACAAGUUCAGCAGUUUCCAAUGGCGUCUGACUAUAGUCUGGAAUCACCGGAAGAAGAUUGGUACAGUAAAAGUUUAUCAGCGUUACGUAUGAACAAUUCACAUCCGGGUGGUUUUGGAAAUGUUUUAUCCUAUCAGGCACAAGUAUAG